GGCGUGAUUGUAGGCUAUCUCCGCGUGGGCAAGAUGGAGAUCCCACUGUUGAUCGUCACUAACAAUCUUUCGGAGAAUAUCUCGAAGAGUCCUGUUUGUGACCUCGGUCUGACCAUCAGUCUGGGGAUGGUAAGACGAGGAGAAGCGGAGCUGGGUGCCAUAAACCUCGUGGAGCCGUCGUCAGAAUCGACUGGUAAAGCGCGGACCACGGUCAGAUAUGAUGCUCAGAGGCGUCCUCGUGGAGGGGUGUCCAAGCCAGGGCGGGUUCUUCCGGAGGAGGGUGGAGGCACAAGCUGGAUGGAGUGCUCGACAUCCCGCAUCAGUGGGAUGCCGGCGUACGAGAACGACGAUGGGAAAACAUCGUGGUACUCUCGAAUGAGGUCACGAACUGCGGGUUCCAAGUCAGCCGUAUAUCGUGUGAGCUCCUCAGCGUCAGCAUCAGCGCACGACGGCGGGAUGGACUCGACGGACGGCGGAGGGACGGAAGUAGAGAUGGGAGCCAUGAAGAUAGAAGGAGGAUCUGGCUCCAGAGGGAUGAGCUCGACGUCGGGACAGGUAGUGAGAGGGGCAAAUCGCGACGGGGAUGUCGGGAAGCUAACUACUGAGGAGGGCGCAGGUGUACAUUGCACCGUGGCUAGGAGGCGCCGCGGGGAUGCGAGGCGCCGUGGGGGGACUGAGCACAACGCUGGCGGGAAAGGUGGCAGUGUAAGGGCACCGCGGGAAGGUACGACCGUCCUGGCGGCAGUGCAAGCACCCACGCCGCCCCAAAAUAGCCGCGCGCUCCUCAGCGGAAAGCACACUGCAAGGAGGGACAAAGCCUUGAGGGAGGUCCUGCUGAGGGACCUCGGGGGGCGACGCGGCAGCGUGACCGGGGCGGCUGCAUGCCCGGGAGAGGGCGGAGAGGAUGAGUUGGAGGCGCUCGACCAUAGGGAGAGUAGAGUCCUCCAGGUGGUGGCGGACGGCCUCGCCGAGGUCGAGGUCGUCGCUAUGGUCACCCUCGGACGACAGCGGGGCAACAGCGUCCUGCUCACCAUACUCGAGCACGCUGAAGCGGCGCGAGAAGUGGCGGCCUUACUGAGUGGAACGGGAGGGCCGAUCGCGGAAAAGGGAACGGCGCUGGUAAGUGUCGUGAGAGGAGGAGGGGGCGUAACCAGUACGCUGAGGCUGGGAGGAGGAAGUGGGUUGAAGACGGGCCCACAUCCGCCGAUGGUCCCUGGCGGCCUCAUCGAGCGAGGAGUGGCAGGAGGAAGAGUGGUGGGAGUGGGCGCACGAGUGGCGCGGGGCAUCCCACAGGGGGGAGAGCCAGGUGGCGCUACGGUCGUGCGGAGGGGAGGGAGAAGCAGGGCACCCGGAAAAGCUGAGAAUAUGGUAGCGGGUUGUGGUGCCAUAGCCGUAGUGACCGGAAUCUGGGCAGGUGCGCCUGUAGACUGAGGGAGGGUCUGGCCUGUGGCGGCCGUCGUGUUAGGAGCGUGGACGGUCACCAGGAUGGCUGGGUCGUGGGCGGCAGAGGAGGAAGCUCCGCCGUGGCCACCAUGUC